AUGUUUCCUUUCGAAGUGUUGAUCGAGAUAAUGCUGGCAAGUGAAGCUCGCCUGACACUGGGUGCAAUGGAAUGGCCCCAUGCUGCCUGUCCUGUUGACGAGAAAGAGACUGUUAAUAACCGCGACUCGGGAUGCACAUGUCGAAAGUUUACCAAAGUUCAGCAGGCCGGUAUCGUCGAUAAUGAGCCGAAACUGACUCGGGAAACCGAUAAUAUGUUAGGUGAAAGCGAGCCGAAUGGCCCAAUAGACUGA